CCUUUCAAUUACCCAAACCCCAAAAACCAAAAAACCAACAAAAACUCGAAUCAAUCUCCCCUUCAUUCCUAUUCUCCCACACAAACCCAACCUUUGCUUUGCUUCCCUCUUUUUCCCCAAACCCAUCUCUCCUUUUUCCCUCCUUCCUUUGCCUUUGGAUCUGAUUUUCUCUCUCUUUUUCUUUCCCUCCAAAAACUGUUUUCCCUUGCAUUCCUUUGAUCCAACCAAAACCCAGAGUUGUUUUUUUCUAAUGAUUGUAUGUUUGAAAUUGAAAUAGGAAUGCUCAUAAAGAAAGCAUGAGCAAGAACCCAAUUCGUAGCAACAGCAGCAAGUUAAACGACCACGAUUGGACUCAAGUAGUUGAAGUAAACCAAGAAGCAGAAGAAGAGUACUUCUACGAUUCCCUUGACCGCAUUGCUUCUUCUAAUUCUUGUUCCUGUUCCAACUCUGCUUCUCCUUCUUCUGACUCGGAUUCUGACCCAAUUACCCCUUCUAAUAAUGCCCACCACCCAUUUCCCGUCCCUAAAUUCCCUAAGGUUGUUUCCCAGUUCGACAUCUGGAUCUCUGAACCCUCCUCCGUCUCGGAAAGACGAACCCGUCUGCACCGCGAAAUGGGGCUGAGCCGCCACCUGGGUCUUUGCCGGAUAAGACCCGGGUCAGAAACGGAGGUCGGCGACGGACGGGAAAUGGGUAGUGGUGGUGGCGGUGGAGGUGAGUUGGGAAGAAGAUCAGUUUUGUCGAAUAGGUUGGUAAAAGAAGAGUUGGAAGAUCAAGAUCGUGGAGGAGAAAAGGAAUCCAGUUCUUCUGGAAUUGUAAGAUCGAAAUCGGAUGGUGAUUGUAGUGCUGCUGCUGUUCCUUCUUCGCCUUUAUCUCUUCGUUCCAAUUCAUCUUCUUCCAUUCUUUCUGUGGGUUUAUGUACUGUAAAUAAUAAUAACAUCAGUGAAUGUGAUCAAAGUAAUGCGGCGGCUGCUAACUUGAGACGCUGCGGAAGUAAUGGAUCUAAGCCACCCAAGGGGCGUAUUAGCAAGUGUUUGAAUGGGGAACUUAGCUUUAAAUCAUUUGGUGAUGGGGAGGCUGUUGUGGUGGACGAUGAGAUGGAUUGUAGUGAACAAGUGUGUACCAUUAAGAACCUUGAUAAUGGGGAAGAGUUUGUGGUGAAUGAGAUUAGAGAAGAUGGGAUGUGGAACAAGUUGAAGGAAGUUGGGACAGGGAGACAGUUGACAAUGGAGGAGUUCGAGGUUUGCGUUGGCCAUUCUCCGAUCGUUCAAGAGUUAAUGAGAAGGCAGAAUGUAGAAGAGGGUAAUAAAGAUAAUGCUGAUUUGAUUGUCAGUGGUGGGGGUGUUGGUGUUUCAAAGUCGAAGAAGAAAGGGAGUUGGUUCAAGAGUAUAAAGAGCGUUGCAAAUAGCGUGAAGGGUAAUAAGGAAAGGCGAAGCAGUGACGAGAGGGAUACAUCAUCGGAGAAGGGUGGGAGGAGAUCGAGUUCCGCCACUGAUGAUAGCCAGGAUGUUUCGUUUCAUGGGCCGGAGAGAGUGAGGGUAAAACAGUAUGGGAAAUCAUGUAAGGAGCUCACUGCUCUUUACAAGAGUCAAGAGAUACAAGCGCAUACAGGGUCUAUUUGGAGUAUAAAAUUCAGUUUAGAUGGCAAAUACCUUGCUAGUGCAGGUGAGGAUUGUGUAAUUCAUAUAUGGAAGGUAGUUGGAUCGGAUAGGAAAGGGGAGUUGUUAAUGGAAAAGCCUGAAGACGGGAAUUUUAACCUUUUGCUCGGGGCUAAUGGAUCUCCCGAACCGAUUCUGUCAUCGCCGAGUACUGAUUACCCUCCUGAUAAGAGGAGAAGAGGAAGGUCAUCAAUAAGCCGGAAAUCGUUGAGCCUGGACAACAUUAUGGUGCCAGAGACUGUUUUUGCACUUUCAGAUAAACCUGUUUGUUCUUUUCAAGGACAUUUGGAUGAUGUUCUCGACCUCUCAUGGUCCAAGUCUCAGCAAUUGCUCUCAUCUUCAAUGGACAAAACAGUUAGGCUUUGGGACUUGACUAGCAAGACAUGUUUGAGCAUAUUUUCACACAGUGAUUAUGUAACUUGCAUCCAGUUUAAUCCAGUUGAUGAUAAAUACUUCAUUAGUGGAUCCUUAGAUGCUAAAGUUCGCAUAUGGAGCAUUCCUGACCGUAAAGUUGUUGAUUGGAAUGAUCUGCACGAAAUGGUCACUGCUGCUUGUUAUACGCCUGAUGGCCAGCGUGCACUGGUUGGCUCAUACAAAGGAAGCUGCCAUUUAUACAAUACUUCUGAGAACAAGUUACAACCGAAAAGUCAAAUCAAUUUGCAGAAUAAAAGGAAGAAGUCUCAUCAAAAGAAAAUUACAGGUUUCCAGUUUGCACCCGGAAGUUCAUCGGAAGUUCUUGUCACCUCUGCAGAUUCACGAAUUCGUGUUGUUGAUAGUUCUGAUCUAAUUCACAAGUUUAAAGGAUUUCGGAACACAAACAGUCAAAUCUCAGCUUCUGUUACGGCAAAUGGAAAAUAUGUUGUCUGUGCUAGUGAGGACUCUUAUGUUUAUGUGUGGAAACACGAAGCUGGAUCAAGGCCUAGCAGAAAUAAAGGAGUCACCGUGACACAAUCUUAUGAACAUUUUCACUGUAAAGAUGUAUCAGUUGCCAUCCCUUGGCCAGGCACAUGGGGACUAAGAGAUAUUCAAUUGGAUGACAAUAUCGAUGAAGUUUCAACUGCCAAUCAUCCUCCUACACCUGUUGAAGAGUAUAGCGGAAAUGAGGGUUCAUUAUCGGCAUCUGGGUACACCAACAGCCCCCUCCACGGAACCAUUUCUAGCGCAACCAAUAGCUACUUCUUUGACAGAAUCUCAGCUACAUGGCCAGAGGAAGAACUUGUUCAGGUAACACGGACCUGGAGCAGCCCCAAGACAAGUGUGGACUUGUCUGGGGUUAAGAAAGACGCGGCCUGCGGUAUGGUGAUUGUAACCGCCGGCCUGCGUGGUGAGAUUAGAACUUUCCAAAAUUUUGGUGCCAGUUCGAAUAUAAUUGGGUAGGGAGGGAACACCUCAAGGGUGAAGGGAAAUGAGUUGAUAAUAUGUCAAUGCAAUCCAUUUCUCCCCACCUUUGUGUACAGUGAGAUAUUGGUUGAGGUUUGUAAUAUUUAGCCAGUUUCAUUUCUUUGUUUGUGCCUAUGCUCCUGAAUGUAGGGGAAUUGGAAAGCCACUGCAUUUGAGCAUCGAGGAAAAUAUAGAUUCGUUCGAAAAAAAAAGAAAAGAAAAAGAGAACUACACCCUGAAUUUAGAUUCCGAUGUGUUUCCGGUGUCGGAAAUUGUAGAGUUUUAAGAUUAGAGGUGGAAAGCCUAUUGAAUUGAAAAUGAAAUUCUUUUACUACAUAA